CACCAUUUCUAACAUGUACGUGUGUUCAAUGUGUGUGUAACUUUAAUGUUACCGUGUUGAUUUGUACUUGUAAGUGCGUGUUUUGACAUGACGUGUUCACGCAUGUUUUGAAUGUAGUUCAAGCUUCACCGCCACUCCUAUUAUUGCCACUAAUGUUAUUGCUUAGAAGUGUCUUAUAUUAAAAUAGAAAUAAAGAAAAAGAACAAAAGAGAGAAAGAAAUAAGAGUAGGCUACAAAUUGUAUCGCACACAUAACCAGCCCCCGGCUGAUGAUCGUGAUGAGUUUUGGAGAAUGAUGACAAUAUCAUGAUGGUAAAGAUAUCCGACUAGUGGUUGAGAUCAUUACUUAGCAUUCAGCAUAUAGACUGUGGUCUUAUCCAGGGCCGGCGCCACGUGGGGUCAAAAGGAGGCAUUGCCCCCUCAGAUCUGAUUUGUGCCCCCUCAGUUUCAAUUGGUCCCCUCUCCACCCCCGCAACGCGAUUGAUUUUAACCCUUUGACAAGUACGAUCACCCCCAUAGAUAAGCAAGCAUAGCCUACAUAUCUAUGAAUACAACACCGGUGCGACCAGAAAGUUCAGUGCGUCACUGAUAAAUUCAAACUUGCUUUCUGAGCCAGAGACAGACGCGCUUAGUGCUGCCUUUCUAUCAUAACUUUUCAGUGUUUUCAACCACAUAACCUAAUGUUUAUUUUAGGUUUCAGACAUUUAAAUGAAGUACUAGCCUAUGCUAUAUAAAAAAGACAUUUAUAGCCGUUUGUUAGAUACAAAUUCCUUACACUGUUGGCGCUGGAUAAUAAUUCUUUCAGUUAUAAUUUUAUGUUAGGCCUAUUCAUAUCCUAUUGUGUAGGAAACUAUAAUUCUCUUACUCUAUUCUUCUCCCAGUUCACCGGCCACUUACUUUUAUAUAUUGCGGGAGAAAUGGGUGAAUUUACGUGAUAUAAAUCAGACAGAUGCGAUUCUCUAUAUCUAUCUGAGCCCACAGCGUGAGUUUUUAUUUUAUUUUAUUUUAUUUUAUUUCAAAACAUAUUAAUUCCAUGCCGACGCGUCAUGCAGCCACAUUGUAUGACAUGUAUCAGUUUUAUUUAGUUUUUUUUUUUUUUUUUUUUUUAUUCAAAAUAGUCAAAAUUUUUUAAUUAUAUCAUGAACUAUGAUAGGCUAUAUUCCGAUUGUCAAAUAUGUGGAAGUCAAUGUGUUUUGUCGUUUAAACACCUUUAUAAUGAUCUUGUUAGUUGAUAACGUUAAAAAAAAGAAAAAAAGAAAAAAAAAAGAAAGAAAUGAAAAAACUCAAGCUGGGGGCUCAUUUAGAUAUAUAGAGCCCCUACAAUAUAUAAUAUUGAGCUCUCUUCGUUUAAUUCUGCAACACAACACUCCCACCUAGUGGCCAUUGCCUUAAUGGCAUGACUAAACUCACAGAGAUGUGAUGUUGGAGUAUGUACAGGUGCAUCUCAAUAAAUUAGAAUGUCGUGGAAAAGUUCAUUUAUUUCAGUAAUUCAACUCAAAUUGUGGAACUCGUGUAUGAAAUAAAUUCAGUGCACACAGACUGAAGUACUUUAAGCCUGUGGUUCUUUUAAUUGUGAUGAUUUUGGCUCACAUUUAACAAAAACCCACCAAUUCACUAUCUUCAUAAGAUCAAUAAAAAAAGGAUAUUUUAAAAAAUCAAUGCGGCGUGGCACGGAGGCAAUCAGCCUGUGGCACUGCUCAGGUGUAAUGGAAGCCCAGGUUGCUUUGAUAGCGGCCUUCAGGUCAUCUGCAUUGUUGGGUCUGGUGUCUCUCAUCUUCCUCUUGACAAUACCCCAUAGAUUCUCUAUGGGGUUCAGGUCAGGCGACAGUAAGACCAUGGUCAUUGAACCAGCUUUUGGUACCUUUGGUAGUGUGGGCAGGUGCCAAAUCCUGCUGGAAAAUGAAAUCAGCAUCUCCAUAAAGCUUGUCAGCAGAAGGAAGCAUGAAGUGCUCUAAAAUUUCCUGGUAGAUGGCUGCAUUGAGUGUGGACUUCAGAAAACACAGUGGACCAACACCAGCAGAUGACAUGGCAGCCCAAAUCAUCACUGACUGUGGAAACUUCACACUGGACUUCAAGCAACAUGGUUUCUGUGCCUCUCCACUCUUCCUCCAGACUCUGGGACCUUGAUUUCCAAAUGAAAUGCAAAAUUUACUUUCAUCUGAAAAGAGGACAUUGGACCACUGAGCAACAGUCCAGUUCUUUUUCUCCUUAGCCCAGACUGAAACCUGUCGACACAUCAGGCAUUCUCGAAGAAAUCUUGAGACUGGGUUGUUUUAUUGACGCUCAUAAGGAGACAUGAGGAAGUGCAGUCCAUGGAUGUUUCUGCCCGUAAUGUUUUCUCUCUUCACAGCUGCUGGCCUCUGGGUUGUGUAUUUCAUUGCUGUGGAGGAUGAGAAAAUCACCCCACUCAGUUCAGAGUACAAGAGGUCAGAAUCAAAAUCUCCUCCAUAUAUCAGCAUUGCAGGCAAUGCACCACCUGCCAGCUGCGUGUUUAGUCAAGUCAUGAACAUGGCGGCCUUUGUAGGCUUCAUUCUUGGAGUGCUGAGAUACCUGCAGUUGAAACCGAGGGUGCAUAAACCCUGGCUUAACAUUGGCAGUCUGGUGGCUUUGUCUCUCGCCUGCUUCGGUAUGACUUUAGUUGGGAAUUUCCAGCUGUCCAAUGAUGAGGAACUGCAUAAUAUUGGCACCUCCAUGACCUUUGGCCUAGGAACCCUUUUCUGCUGGGUCCAGUCUUUCAUGACCCUAAAGGUCAACUUGAGGAAUGAAGGCAAGCGAGCAGGAAUCCCCCGCUUCCUGCUGUCCGGGGCUGUAACUUCCUGCAUGCUGCUUUAUUUUGCCCUGAUGGCUCAGCGGCUACACAUGCAUGCCGCCCGGGCCCAGUGGGCGCUGGUUAUGUUCUUCCUGAUGUACCUGGGCACAUUUGCCAUCGAGUUUCGCCACUACCAUUUUGAGAUUGUUUGUAGCGACGACCAGGACCCUCCACUUAGCCUGUCUGAAAGCUUCUCUGAGGUCUCAGAGUACCAGUCUGACCAGCUAUAGUCUCACUUCCACAGUUUCCUUCCACCCUCGUACUUCCAGUGUUCGCCAGUUAUCAGUCAUGCAUGUAAAAUGAAUGUAAUCUCUCUAGAAAGACCUUUGGAUGAGUUUGUUUUCUGAAUAGUAGAUAGGCUUUUGCAGAAGCAACAAAUUCAUGAAAUGCACAACGAUUUAAUGUGAUGUGUUCCAUGUUUAUGUAUCAGAUGAGUGAAGUAACAAGGACACUUUCAAGGAAAAGAUCUGAAUACAGGAACAGUUUUUUUGGCAAGAUAAUCCUUCAAAAACAUCAAUUAAUAAGACUUUCUUGAUACAGGUUAUUAUGAAGACACUAUGAAGUGAAAAUUCUGUUAUUAUUUACUAACCCAUUUGUCGCUUCAAAUCUGUAUGCUGAUAUUUAUUCUGUGGAAGACAAAAGAACUUCUGAAGAAUCUUCACACAGCAUACGGGUUUGGAAAUAGAUGAGUAAAUUUUUAGUUUAAGUAAUUCCAAGUCAAAUGGAAUCAUACAUGUUUUGUAUACACGUAACCGCAUUUUAUUUUGAGCCUGUCCUGCUAAUUCUUAUGCAGCAUUUUAUACCUAGUGUUAAAUAAUGUAAAACAUCUCUGGCAUUGGUCAUAAUUCUGUAUUUUGUUACUAAAACAGACAUCUGUUUUUGGGUGCUGGUGUAUCUAAAUGUUGCAAAUGUAAUUUGUUAGCUGUGUCCAUUUAGAAUAAAAUUUUACAACAUUUAA